UCGCGGAGAGAGCCGGUCGAAGCACACGGACCCUCGCCCGCCGCCGCGCCGACCCCCUCGCGCACGUUCUCAGACACGACUCGUGCUCGCGCCGCGGCCCCCGGCGAGUACCGCGAGUGACCGGGUGUGAGUGAGUGAGUGAGUGGUGAGUGGUGAAGAGUGUGCUUGUACGUGUGAGAGCGAGCGAGUGCGGCCGCUGUCGCCCUCGCCGGGCUGUGUUUGUUGUUGUCUACGCCCCCUCCCCUGAGGACGCACGUAAAUAUAUCUCCGACCUCCCCGUUGCGGGCGGUGUGUGCGUGUGUUGGUGUUGUGUGUGUGUGAGGGGCAGGGCACAGACCGCCCUGCUCCACUGCCACGCCGGCAUGGCCGGUGCUAACCGCAGUGCUUAACGGAACUCGCCGCCCUAACUGCUGCCGCCGCAGCGCCCUGGAGCCCGUGUGUCUGUGAGCGCUUGUGUCCUCGGCGGACACCUAACCCUGCUGCUGCUGCUGCUGCUGCUGCUGCUGCUGCUGCUGUGCGCCGAGCCCCUGUAACGCUGCCUACGAAUGUGGACGCCGGCGCGUCCGGGGCGCCAGGGGGAUGGCUCGCCGCGGGAGGCGGAGACGGCGCGCGGACUCUGAGGCUUCUACCGUCGCCUCCCGGAGCUGCCCUGGACUUUCCGAAGCAGACCCUGCCACUGAAGACCUUGCUGGAGGACACGCAUCAGUGACGCGCCGCUAGCGCCCGCCCGCCGGCCCGCGCCGCCACGACGCCCCGCUAUCAUCUCUUGACGAGCCACACGGUCGCCGGGUUGCCACACCGUGGCAGCAGUAGCGAUAGCAUGCUACUCAGGCGGCAGCCCUGCGCGAGCCCAGCAGCCGGAGCCGCAGCAGCCGCAGCAGCCGCAGCAGCCGCAGCCAGUCGCGCCCCCACAGCCGUCGCCGCGCGCAGAGGGCCCCGCCGCGCGGGGGAGCCCUGGGCCCAGCCCCCGCCCGGGCCCGGACCGACGCCAGAAGCUCAAGUUCUCUCCGCCGCCCCAGACCCCGCCACCGACGCUCGACGCGGUCCUCUUGCCCGUGCUGUCCCUGCCCUUCUCGGAGGCGGCGCGGCUGGGGCUCGUGUCUCGCGCGGGGCGGCGCCAGGGCGACCAACCCUCCUCCAUGCGGACGGCCCCCUCGGCCUCCUGCUCCUCCACCGUCCCCUCGGCCUGCGCACCCUGCGGUGUCAGCGGCGGCGCGCGGACCAGCGGCCCCGGCGGGGCGUUGAAUGCUGACGCCCCGAAAAGUGUGUACAGUUUGCCAUCUGUUUUCAAAGCGGGCCCGCGCAGCGCGCGCAGCCCGCCACCCGCGUCGCGCUAUAAGAGCUCGCGCGCGCCCGCCGGCAGUCCUCCUACCGCCGCCUGCCCGCGCAGCCGAGCCGGCGCGUUCCCCGCCGCCUCGCCGUCGUCGUCGUCGUCCUCGUUGUCGUCGACGCCGUCCUCGUCGCCUUUCCCGUUCAAGGCCGCGCGCAUGAGGACCAUGAAGCUCAAGGAGCGCCUCGUCCUGGGGCUGAGCGUGUCGGCCGUGCUCUUCACGCUGCUGCUCGUCGUGGACCUGCAGAUGGACCUGGGCAUGUCCGGCCACCACCUCGUACCGAGCCACGCGCGCGUGCGCUACCGCGACCAGGAGGUGGGCGCCUACAACAGCUUCCGCCGGAAGUUCCUGCAGCGCAGUAACAACGCCUCGAGAGAAUACAACUCUGGCACCCAGCAGUCGCCGCUGGACCACAGCAGCGGCGGCGCGGCGCCCACGGCCCGGGUGGUGCACCCCGCCGCGCGCCACCAGUACACGGUGCACGGCGCGCACCCGCAGCAGCACGCCACGCAGCACGAGGUGGUCGAGUUCGAGGCGCUGCCCACGCACGAGCCGCACGACGACUUCUCGGACCUGCUCGACUUCAUGCUCAACAACAACGACCUGGACCGCGGCGGCUUCGUGCGCCUCGACUCUGGCGACGAGGCGCCGCACAUCCGCAGGAAGAACGGCGGCGCGCUCACGGACGACUCGGACAACCCCACCAUCGCGGACAUGCUGGGCACCAAGCCAAGGUGAGUGGCGGAAACAUCACUACAAAUUGU